AUGAAGCAGACCAUCACCGGCAUCGUCACAAAGGCGGGCGUCAUGGCCAAGACGGUCACCAUGACGGUCGAGAAGCGCCUGGUUCACCCGACGCUGCUCAAGACAUUCAUCCGGCACAAAAAGUACCUCGUGCACGACGAGAAGUCGACGCUCGCCGUGGGCGACCGGAUCGUGGCCGAGGCGUGCCGGCCUCUUUCCGCGCGCAAGCGGUUCACGUUUGCCAGAAAGACGGGCUCUGGAGACGCGAGGCGGGCCAAGGCCGAGAGAGAGAUGAGCGCCGAGGACAAGGAGAAGAUCCGCAUCGAGCAGUUGGUCAAGAACGAGGUGGCCAAGCGCGGCGGGUUCGGCAACGCCGUCAAGCAGGCCAAGCAGGCCGACAAGGCGCCCGUCCAAUCAAAGGCGGCCAUGACGGCUCGGGCCGAAACACCAAAAUCCAGCCGAGCCUAG